AUGUCGCCGUCUAAUAUCAUCGACAUCAUCAUCCUUUCCUUCUGCUCGGGCGACAAGUACCCCAGCCCAGGGUAUGGCGGCAAGAACCAGCCUGCCAGUGGCCAACUCUUGAAGUGUCCCAGCCUCCAGCGCGACCUCUAUACCUGUCGCCAGACCAGCACCAAGAAGAUCCUGCUGUCGCUCGGCGGUGGCACGAACACCUACCAGCUCAAUGGCGCCAUAGAUGGUGACGCCUUCGCGACGAUGCUGUGGUACAUGUUCGGGCCGCGACAGGCAAGCUGGGUGAACAGGGGCAUGCCCCGGCCCUUCGACAACAACAACAUCGGCUUCUCCGUCGACGGAUUCGACCUGGACAUCGAGCACACGCCCACCGACAACUUCGCCGGCUACAAGGCGCUCGUGACCAAGCUGCGCGCCCUGUACGCCUCGGUGCCGGGCACGUUCUACCUCACGGCGUCGCCGCAGUGCGUGGUGCCCGACGCCAACAUGGGCGAGAUCCUGAAGGCCACCACCUUUGACAAGGUCUUCGUGCAAUUCUACAACACGCCGCAGUGCGCCGCGCGACGCUGGGCCGACGCCAACGCCGGCUACGCGCCCGGCGGCAGCUUCGACACCGCGGGGUUCACGUUCGACGCCUGGACGGCGUUCCUGGCCAGCACGUACAGCCGCAACGCGCGCCUGUAUAUUGGGCUACCCGGCUCGGCGGCCGCUGCGAACCCCGGGAACGACCUCGCGGUGCCGCAGGUGCAGAACUUGGUCGAUACGUACUACUGCCGCAGCAACUUCGGCGGCGUCGCGAUCUGGGAGGCUACGUAUGCGGCGGCGAAUGUUGUCGGUGGGAAGAACUUCAAUCAGAAUGUUAAGGGGGCGCUGAAUAUUGCUUCGACGGAUUCGCGGUUGUCGUGUGCGGCCGUCAAGACGCCGCCGCAGUCGACGACGGACAAUGUGGUGCUGGAUUUGGGACGACAUGUGGGAGCGGGUGCUGCAGCCAGUGGCGUUGGUGCGAGUUGA